UAUCAAUUCAAACUCACAUUGGUUGUGUUUUUUGUAGCUAAAUGUGCCCGUUUAUUUGUUAAAGUCUUUAGAUUGUGACAUUUGAUUGAUUAUCUAUUUUUGGUAUCUUUUUUAGUUUUUACGUUUAUCUUUCUCAUCUUUUGCGAAAUUGAAUUAUUAAACAAACUUGCAAAAUGGGAGGUGGAGAUCUGAAUUUGAAAAAAUCAUGGCAUCCCUCAACAAUGAAAAAUAUGGAAAAAGUUUGGAAAGCCCAACAACAAGACAAUCAAGAGAAAAAAAAAAUUGCUGAAUUAAAAAGAGAUAUAGAAUUAGAACGUGACAAAGAAGACUUGACAAAAUAUGCAAUGGAACAAGGAACUAUUGAAAAAAAAAAUGAUAAGAAACUUGAUUGGAUGUAUAAAGGACCCCAGCAAUCUAUUAAUCGUGAGGAUUAUUUAACCGGAAAAAAAAUUGAUAAAACUUUUGAACAAUUUGCUAUAGCGGAAAAAAAUUUAGAGCGCAAUAAAUUACCAAGCAAUCAUGUAGAAUACGACUGUGCACCACCAUCACUAAGAUUUUUAUCAGGAAAUGAGCAAGUUGAUCUCGCAAAAAAGUUACAGGAGGAUCCAUUGUUUGCUAUUAAAAAAAAAGAAAUGGAAUCAAGAAGUAAACUUUUACAAAAUCCAGUAAAACUAAAAAAAUUACAAGAACUUGUGAAUAGUAACAAGUCAAGUUCAUCGUCGUCCCAUCGUAAAUCAUCAAAGAGUAAUAAAGAUUCGGAUAGAUCAGUCAGAGAUAAAGAUAGACGUCAGUCUCAGAAAAAAGUAAUACUUUCAGAUAAAGAAAAAUUAAAACGAUUAAAAGAGAUGAUGGCUAAUGCCUCUUGGCGUGACAAAGAACGUAAAAAGAAUAUCAAACGUUACAAAGAACAAGAUAAAUCAGAGCCUUCUGAAAAAAACUAUAACAAUGAUUUUAUAGGAAAUCAACUAGCUAAAGUAGCAGAAGGAGGAACAGUCGCUUCAAGAAUAAGGUCAAAUAUAAAUAAUAUUCAACGAUCUAAUCGUACUAUGGAUACAAAUUUUGCUAAGCGAUAGUAUUCUCAUGUGUUUAAAAGAUGAACAUCACCACCUUUUUAAAGAAAAAUUAUGCUUUAUUCACGUAAAAUAUUUAUUACCUAAAUAAGAUGCAUAUGAAUAUGGGUGUGCAAACAUUCAAUUUUCGUGAGGAACUUUUUAAAAUUGGAAUUUUGAGUUUCGUUUUCAACAGGAGCUGGUAUGUUUGGGCACUUCCGGCCAAAUUUUGAAAUUUCAGCGGAAAUGCCCAAACAAAGCUCCUAUUAAAAAAUUCUAUGAAAAAUAAAUCCCUUACCCCCAAAAUAUCUUAGGAAAUGUCCAAAUACAACUUCUGUUAAAAGCAGAACUCAAAAUUCCAAUUUUAAAAGGUUUCUCACGAAAAUUGAAUUUUGGCACACCCUAAUGAAUAUAUUAUAAUUCCCUGUCAUUUUUGGGAAGAAAAAAAUGAAUUUGUACAUUGAUACUGCAUCCAAAUGGGAGAAGCCAUUCGGAAAUCGAAA